ACAGACCUGAGAGGGAAAUGGACUCAGCAGAGGUUGCAGGUCUCAGAAGAAAAAUCUGACGGGAGCAACAAACAAGAGGAGAGCGUCUAUUGAAAAGCAAGAGUCAAGGACAGAAUUGCACACAGAAUGUCACGGUCCCCCAAGUUUUCCCUCGGCAGCAGUAGCGAGUCUCAAGUAUCGGCCCCUCAGACUAGAGGGCGCUGGGAUGCCUGUUUCCCUGAGCAAGAAAGCACCACCUUCAGCUUCAGAACUGCAGGUCUGAUCCGACAACAUAGUGCUGAUGGUACCAUCUGCUCUGAAUCAGAACCGGCAUCGGAAAGAGACCCAGUGAACCGCUUCCAUCCAUAUCGCAGACAGCUCAGUGAUGGAGUGAUGGAGACGGCCGGCUUUCUCCAUCAGCGCUCUUCGGCCUUCAACAGCCUACAGGAAGUGUGCAGUCCUGAAGUUUGUUUGCAGAGUAGUGAUGUGCCAAUGACCUGGAACAGUUGUAGCAGCAGCGCUCAGACCUCAUUCUCAGAGCUACCAGCUGCACAACUGGAGAACAUCAGCUUCCUCUCACAGAGACAUCCAUCGCACAGCUCACCCUUGCAGCAGGUCCAAUCUAAACUGUAUCCCAAUGGUGACCAUACAAACAGCUCUAAAUAUAGUAUCCAGACUCCGUCGUCACAAACACACCAGGAGAACGUCACACAGUCCUCUUUCCCAAAGCCUAUAUACUCAUACAGCAUCCUGAUAUUUAUGGCUCUGAAGACCAGUAAAACAGGGAGUCUUCCGGUCAGUGAGAUCUACAGCUUCAUGACAGAACACUUUCCAUAUUUCAAGACAGCUCCUGACGGCUGGAAGAACUCUGUGCGGCACAACCUUUCUUUAAACAAAUGCUUUGAGAAGGUAGAGAACAAGAACGGGAGCACUUCUCGGAAAGGAUGUCUCUGGGCUCUUAAUCCAGCCAAAGUAGAGAAGAUGCAGGAGGAACUGCACAAGUGGCGUCGCAAAGACCCCAUGACUGUCCGCAGAAGCAUGGCAAGGCCAGAAGAUCUUGAUCAUCUUCUGGGAGAGAAGCCAGACAAAUUUAGGCACCUGCCUCCUUACACCAGCACAGCUUCACUAGCCAGAGUGGCUCCUCUCUGCAGCACCACCUCGUCAACUUGUGCUCCAAUCCAGUUUCAGUCAACACCCCAACACACUCGAAGUUCACAAUACUUCCAUAUUCAGCCUCAGCAGCCCUACUACCUUCCCCCGACUGCUGCUCACCCCAGCAACUCGUUUGCUCUGUACUCACCCUGUGAACCACAGCCUGCAGCAGGAGUCCCAGCAGCCACUGGAAGUCUGAACUCCCCCACUGCUGGGAAGAUGCCUACAGUUUUCAACACUGCCCUCCAGGCUGAGUACAGUGUCAGUCCAAGGGGCAUGCAAGACCUGCUGCUUGAGGCAGACACCAGUUAUGACAUAGACACACUCAACCCCAGUCUCAUCGACCUGCAGCUGCACGGUAAUGUCUGGGAGGAGCUAAGGGAUGACAGUUUGGCGUCAGAGUCUCAAGUUGCCACGGCAACCUCUCCUGCCACCUUUCUCUUACAGGACCACAAUCUCCCACAGGCUGGCUUUAUGCAGCUCCCAUCUUCUUUCAGUCACACCACUGCAAGCAUCCCUGCAGGUCUCUGUAAAGUUGAAUAUGAGGACAAGAACUCAGACAGGAGUUGUUGGAAUGGACUGCAUCCAGUUACGUAUUCCGGAGUUGAGAGCUUGGCUGGAUAUCUGACUUCCUGCACUACAUCCCUGUCCUUGGUGUAGAAUCCUCAGUUUCUCCUUUUCCCCGAUAUUUAACUUUUUUGUGCAAGCCAGGAUCAAGAGUAUUUUGUCAAACAGCUUUGUGCUUCUUUUUUUUUUUUGCUUGGUGGCUUUAACCCAUCGAAUCCCUUGCUUAUCACUGUGUGACAGACAAUAUGUUAAGACUUUGCAUUUGCAGUCAAAUUAUGGUGUUUUUGCUUAUUUAAGAUAAGUUUUGUUUCUUUUUGGUUCCGAGAAAAAACAUGAUAGCUAACACAAAAGCAGCACAUUUAAAUAUUUAAGCUUAUUCUGGAUUUUCAAAGUGUAUCAUUAUGGCAUCUCUCAAAUACCUGCAACUUUAAUCUAUGUUUAAAAAAAAUAAAGAAAUGCAGCAAAGGGUCCGACCAUGCUGAUUCAACAAAUGAGAGGUCUUGAAAUUGAGUCAAAGUAACUGUACUUAAACUCUUCUUUGGGCUGAUGAAGCCACUUGGAUGAGUGUUAAAACAUUCCAAGGAAGAAGAUUUUAAGUCCAGUUGCUAUGGCUUAGCUUCAAGACAAUACCACCUGGAUGACAGGAAUAUUCACUCAUCAGCAACUAUUUAAUACAGGAGAGAAUCCAGGCUUAAGUUAAAACAUUGAACCAUUUCUGAUUGAAAUGUGUGAUAUUAGAUCCUUUUGGACAGGUUUCUAUUUGUUUACCUUUAACUGAAUGUCUUGUGUUUUCACAAAGGGUUACUUUUUUCUCAAGUCCUGUAAUUUAUGUGAGUUGUCUCAUAUUGUUGUUUGUAAUGGUAUCGAUUUUUGUUUUUUAUGUAAAAACCUAAAUAACCUGCAGGUUUAGCUUCAGUGGAAUCAGACAGUAUAGUCUGGAAGAGACUAUAAUUAUUAUUUUUGUAACACCUUACAGAAUAAUGACACAAAACAA